GCCGAGCGCGCCGCGUCGCCCGCCGCCGGUGCAGAGCGUGGGGAGCACUCGGCCGCAGCCCUCGCCCGCCGCAGAGGGUCGCGUCCCGCGCCGCCGGCCAGGCCGCCCCGUGCCCGGGCCUUUCCGUCCUUGGAGCGGAUCGUUGCCCGCCUGACGCCCGCCCGCAGCGACAGCGCCCGCCGGAGCCGAGGCCGCGGCGGCGGCCGUGCCCAUGCCCGGGUGUCCACGCUUAGCAGCUUUCUCACCACCGCCAAACCUUGCCUGGGCACCGGGACCGUGGGUGGCCGCCUGUCCCUAGCUGUGGCUGAGCCAAGAUCGCACUUGUGAGAAGGCCUGACAGGCAGCAUGGGCGACAUGGCCAAUAGUUCCAUCGAGUUCCACCCCAAGCCCCAGCAGCAGCGGGAUGCCCCCCACGCUGGAGGCUUUGGGUGCACGCUGGCGGAGCUGCGCGCCCUCAUGGAGCUGCGAGGGGCCGAGGCUCUGCAGAAGAUCGAGGAGGCCUACGGGGAUGUCAGUGGGCUCUGCCGGAGGCUGAAGACCUCACCCACAGAGGGCCUGGCGGACAACACCAAUGACCUGGAGAAGCGCAGGCAGAUCUACGGGCAGAACUUCAUCCCCCCGAAGCAACCCAAGACCUUCCUGCAGCUGGUGUGGGAGGCCCUGCAGGACGUGACCCUCAUCAUCCUGGAGGUGGCUGCCAUCGUCUCUCUGGGCCUCUCGUUCUAUGCACCGCCGGGAGAGGAGAGUGAAGCCUGUGGGAAUGUGUCGGGAGGCGCAGAAGAUGAGGGCGAGGCCGAGGCUGGCUGGAUCGAGGGGGCUGCCAUCCUGCUGUCUGUCAUCUGUGUGGUGCUGGUCACGGCCUUCAAUGACUGGAGCAAGGAGAAGCAGUUCCGAGGCCUGCAGAGCCGAAUUGAGCAGGAGCAGAAGUUCACGGUCAUCCGGAACGGGCAGCUCCUCCAGGUCCCCGUGGCUGCGCUGGUGGUGGGGGACAUUGCCCAGGUCAAGUACGGCGACCUGCUGCCAGCUGACGGCGUGCUCAUCCAGGCCAAUGACCUCAAGAUCGACGAGAGCUCCCUGACAGGCGAGUCUGACCACGUGCGCAAGUCAGCCGACAAAGAUCCCAUGCUGCUCUCAGGCACUCAUGUCAUGGAAGGCUCUGGAAGAAUGGUGGUGACCGCCGUUGGCGUGAAUUCCCAGACAGGCAUCAUCUUCACGCUGCUUGGAGCUGGCGGAGAGGAGGAAGAGAAGAAAGAUAAGAAAGGCAAGCAGCAGGAUGGGGCCAUGGAGAGUAGCCAGACCAAAGCUAAGAAGCAGGAUGGUGCAGUGGCCAUGGAGAUGCAGCCCCUGAAGAGUGCGGAGGGUGGGGAGAUGGAGGAGCGAGAGAAGAAGAAAGCCAACGCACCCAAGAAGGAGAAGUCUGUCCUUCAGGGGAAGCUCACAAAGCUAGCCGUGCAGAUCGGGAAAGCAGGGCUGGUGAUGUCUGCCAUCACCGUCAUCAUCCUGGUCCUCUACUUUGUGAUCGAGACGUUUGUCGUGGAAGGCCGGACAUGGCUGGCAGAGUGCACGCCGGUCUAUGUGCAAUACUUCGUGAAGUUCUUCAUCAUUGGUGUCACUGUGUUGGUCGUGGCUGUCCCAGAGGGCCUGCCUCUUGCUGUCACCAUCUCCUUAGCUUACUCUGUCAAGAAAAUGAUGAAAGACAACAACCUGGUGCGCCACCUGGAUGCCUGCGAGACCAUGGGCAACGCCACAGCCAUCUGCUCCGACAAGACGGGCACGCUCACCACCAACCGUAUGACCGUGGUCCAGUCCUACCUAGGGGACACCCACUACAAAGAGAUUCCAGCCCCCAGCGCCCUGACCCCUAAGAUCCUCGACCUCCUGGUCCAUGCCAUCUCCAUCAACAGUGCCUAUACCACCAAAAUACUACCUCCUGAGAAGGAAGGCGCCCUCCCACGCCAGGUGGGCAAUAAGACGGAGUGCGCCCUGCUGGGCUUCGUCUUGGACCUGAAGCGGGACUUCCAGCCCGUGCGCGAGCAGAUCCCGGAAGACAAGCUUUACAAAGUGUACACCUUCAACUCGGUCCGCAAGUCCAUGAGCACAGUCAUCCGCAUGCCCGACGGUGGCUUCCGCCUCUUCAGCAAGGGGGCCUCAGAGAUCCUGUUGAAAAAGUGCACCAACAUCUUAAACAGCAAUGGCGAACUCCGAGGCUUUCGGCCCCGGGACCGGGACGACAUGGUGAGGAAGAUCAUCGAGCCGAUGGCUUGCGAUGGCCUCCGCACCAUCUGCAUCGCCUACCGGGACUUCUCUGCAGGCCAGGAGCCCGACUGGGACAACGAGAAUGAGGUCGUGGGUGACCUCACCUGCAUAGCUGUCGUGGGCAUUGAGGACCCUGUGCGGCCCGAGGUCCCUGAAGCUAUCCGAAAAUGCCAGCGUGCUGGCAUCACGGUCCGCAUGGUGACUGGGGACAACAUCAACACAGCCCGGGCCAUUGCAGCCAAAUGUGGCAUCAUCCAGCCUGGGGAGGACUUCCUGUGCCUGGAAGGGAAGGAGUUCAACCGGCGGAUCCGCAAUGAGAAAGGCGAGAUAGAACAGGAGCGGCUGGACAAGGUGUGGCCCAAGCUGAGGGUGCUGGCCCGGUCGUCUCCCACCGACAAGCACACACUGGUCAAAGGGAUUAUCGACAGCACCACUGGCGAGCAGCGGCAGGUGGUGGCUGUGACAGGGGAUGGCACCAACGAUGGGCCAGCCCUCAAGAAGGCGGACGUGGGCUUCGCCAUGGGCAUCGCAGGGACUGACGUGGCCAAGGAGGCCUCCGACAUCAUCCUGACUGAUGACAACUUCACCAGCAUUGUCAAGGCAGUCAUGUGGGGCCGUAACGUUUAUGACAGCAUCUCCAAGUUCCUGCAGUUUCAACUGACAGUCAAUGUGGUGGCCGUGAUUGUGGCCUUCACAGGCGCCUGCAUUACUCAGGACUCUCCUCUCAAAGCCGUGCAGAUGUUGUGGGUGAACUUGAUCAUGGACACGUUUGCCUCACUGGCCCUGGCAACGGAGCCACCCACGGAGUCGCUGCUGCUGCGGAAGCCGUACGGCCGCGACAAGCCCCUCAUCUCCCGCACCAUGAUGAAGAACAUUCUGGGCCAUGCCGUGUACCAGCUCGCCAUCAUCUUCACCCUGCUGUUUGUCGGGGAGCUCUUCUUCGACAUCGACAGCGGGAGGAACGCGCCGCUGCACUCGCCACCCUCAGAGCACUACACCAUCAUCUUCAACACCUUCGUCAUGAUGCAGCUCUUUAACGAGAUCAACGCCCGCAAGAUCCACGGCGAGAGGAAUGUGUUCGACGGCAUCUUCAGCAACCCCAUCUUCUGCACCAUCGUUUUGGGCACUUUCGGGAUUCAGAUUGUCAUCGUCCAGUUCGGCGGGAAGCCCUUCAGCUGCUCCCCGCUAUCCACGGAACAGUGGCUCUGGUGCCUGUUUGUUGGCGUUGGGGAGCUGGUCUGGGGACAGGUCAUUGCCACCAUCCCCACCAGCCAGCUCAAGUGCCUGAAGGAAGCUGGGCACGGGCCCGGGAAGGACGAGAUGACCGACGAGGAGCUGGCCGACGGCGACGAAGAGAUCGACCACGCAGAGCGGGAGCUCCGCAGGGGCCAGAUCCUCUGGUUCCGGGGCCUGAACCGGAUUCAGACGCAGAUGGAGGUAGUGAGUACCUUCAAGAGAAGCGGUUCAGUUCAGGGUGCUGUGCGCCGGCGGUCUUCGGUCCUCAGCCAGCUUCAUGACAUCCGGGUGGUGAAAGCGUUCCGUAGCUCGCUGUAUGAAGGCCUGGAGAAACCAGAAUCCAAGACCUCCAUUCACAACUUCAUGGCCACGCCCGAGUUUCUGAUCAAUGACUACACCCACAACAUCCCGCUCAUCGACGACACGGACGUGGACGAGAACGAGGAGCGCCUCCGGGCCCCCCCGCCCCCGUCCCCCAACCAGAACAACAACGCCAUAGACAGCGGCAUCUACCUGACCACGCAUGUCACCAAGUCAGCUACCUCUUCAGUGUUUUCCUCCAGUCCCGGGAGCCCGCUCCACAGCGUGGAGACGUCCCUCUAACAAGAACUUGUCUCAGCACACGCGCACACGCACACGCGGACUCCCACGAAGUCACACGCGCACACGCACACUCGGACUCACACGAAGUCACACGCACACAUGCACGCACACACACAUAUGGGGACCUGCACACCUGCAAAACGAGGGAACAACUAAGGUGGCUGAAGACCUUUCUGGCAGGGCAUUUGCAAGGACCCAAAUCCAUUCAACAAGGGUGCAGCCUGUCACAGGGACUCCUCAUCCAGACCCAGGAAGACGAGGACAGGGAGGAGGAAAAGGAGGACAAGAAGGGGGAGAAGAAGGUUUUUCAUCCAAAGGAGGAAGGAGAAGAAGUAGAAAGUGCGAAGAGCUGAGUUCCCCACCUUUUUUUCUAUUGAUGCUUCUUUUUUAACAAACUACAGUUUUACCGUGUGUUUGCCGUUUGGGCUGUGUGGUGGGCAGGGGGCUGCUUUGGGUUUAUGGGGAGCUUUUGUUGCACCCAUGCAGGGGCAAUCAGAUCAGCAUAUUCAUGCAAAAAAAAAAAAAAAAAGUUGAGUGCUCUGCAGGGCUGUGAAGGGUGCCACCUGAGGGAGCCGCCUGCAAGCGGCCCUGCAGCCACAAAGCAAUCCGCCCCCUGCAAAAACUAGGCACAUCUGCAGUGUGCAUGUGUGUGCGUGCAUGCACAUAUAUGUAUGUGUGUGGAUCUGUACACACGCACAUAUAUAUGGCCAGAUGCAUAUUUCAAUAAGGAACUAUUUACUGGCAUGAUACUUGCAUUCCUCUUAUCAGGCAUUUUCAUUUGGAAAUUUCAUUAUUGAAUGUAGCAAGGUUUGUUUUUUGUUUUGUUUUUUGGUUUUUGGUUUUUUUUCAGGGAACUAGACUGCAAGAAUAUCUUUCUGGUCAAUCCAUUUUUGUCCCUCAUCACCCCGCCCCCACCCUUCGCUCCUGCCCUCUGCCCGGCCCUAUCGAGAUUCCCAAGGAGAAGGCUGAGAGGGGAUGCUCCAGGUCUGGAGCAGGUAUAAUUGCAGCAUUUGCACUGAGACCCCUGCCAGAGAGGAGAAAACCCUUUCAAUGGAAAUUUUAAUCUAAAAGGAAAAAAACAAAAUAUUGAUGAGAAGAAGUCCUCCAGCUACUGAAAGGGGAGUUUCGUUUUCAGCUUUCUUUGGUUUCUACUCCAAUUCCACAUCCUUCAUCCUGACCACGCCCCCAACUUCAAGAGCACGAAGCACUCUUGGAGUUGUGGGUCCUGUCCAGAGUCCAGAGAGCAGCCUCAGCUGAGCACAGGUCCGAGGGGGCGGGGGCGGGGCCAAGAGCUCAAAAGAAGCCAAUGGAGGGAGAGGGAGCAUCAGAAGCCCGGAGGAGCUGGCGGUGGGAGAAUGACGGCAGGGACGCAGCCACAGUUCAGACCCUGUCCCCUCAGCACCUGGAUGGACUCCCACUGUUUGCUUUGGCAAAUGCUGAGGAGUCCUCAGUAGACCACCUCGAUGUCUGCUGUGACACCAGAGGCGCCACCAUCAAAGCACUCUUCCCACCCUAGUCUUUGUGUCCAGAGGCCGAGCUUAAGCCAUGAAGGCAUGGAUUUGUGGCUCAGCACCAGGUCCUGAGGGGAGCCUAUCCUGGCAGUGUGGGCACCUGGUGGCCAAGCCUCAGUUCCCCCCAAAUGAGCAAAGGGGAUGAAGAGGGGCUCGACUUUUGCCACCCUCCUGAGGAAGCCCCUAGGUCCACACAGUGAUGCCAUGGGGGACCCUUGCCUUCCACGCUUGCAGGUGUUAACGUUUUGCAGGGAGGUGUUUGGGCCUGGGGCUCAGCCGCUGGGAGACAGUUGGGACCUGAGGGACAGAGGAUCGGAAUGGAAGCCAGCAACGUGCACUGGCACCCUCAGAAGGCUUGUCUCACCUCCACCGGCAUCCACACAAAACCAAACAGGAGCAGGCAUCAUCCCCACUAUUCCCAUGAAUGCCAUCUCACCCCUGAGCAGGAGCAGUCAAAUCUCGGGCAAAAGAAUUUCGGUUAGAAAAGAAAAUCCCACUUUAAAAUGCCAGCUGCAGAUAACUCAAAGCCAUCCCUUUUUUCUAAAGGGCACAUUGAGAAUGUCACCCAUUUGUAAACUGUUCCCUGAUGUCCUUGUUUAAACGAUAAUAAGAAAAAGGGCAACUCCAUUUGUUGAGGGUCUUUGUGUUCUUCAACGAGAAAUCAAAUUUGAGACGUUGAAAUUGGAGCUGCGUGCUGCUGCGCUCACCGGCUUCUUCUCACUCUCUGUCGUAGACACACCGAUAGGACCAAUGGCCAAUAGAUAUUAAAAGCAAACCCUCACUGCUGCUGUAUAAAGUUGCCUAAUGUAAAUGUUGAUUGUUUAGUCCCUAGGUCACCUUUGUGCUGUGGUGUGGAGUUCAGAAACAGGGUACCAUGACCUGGAAUCUUUUGCUCGUUUUUGCAGUCUUCAGGCUGAGGGCCCUGUUUCAUUGGGAAGCCCCUCUUUAUAAAGCAUUAUAUUACCUGGAAUGGCUUGGUCAACUGUGUUCAGUUCAUAAAUGUUUUACAUUUUUAUCUGCCUGUUAUAAAGAUGAACAAAAAAACUUAAUGAGAAAGAUCACAGAUACAUAAUAAUUUAAAGUCUGUAGUUUAAUUUCCUAACUUAAAGAAUAGACCAAAAUUUCUGUGUAUAAAAAAAAUGAAAGGCUCCUUACACCUUGGUCUGGGUAA